ACAGCUGUGGUAUCAGAGUGCCGUGCGCUUUAUGAGGAAAUAUGGCACUCGCCGUCACCGACUCUGGAACUGGCGCGGUCGGCAUUAAUGAAGCCUGCAUCACUUGCUCUGACUCUUGAGGAGCAGACGCAACUGACAUAUCGAAGAGCAAGGGCUUUAGCACGUGCAUACAGUAAGUUUUCCUGCUACAGCUGGCACGAUGUUGUGGACACAACCCCAAAGUUUUGGAAACUCCAUAUAGACAUGCUCACCGCAAUGGAUGGCGGUGCAAUCAAUUUGGUCAGCGUUCAGUAUAAUCUUUUCGUCGGCACAGUUGCUCCUUUUGCCGACACGCAACCCCAAUUGGCGUUCAUUAUCCAGCAAGCGAUAAAUUUCGAUAUCUCAGCACAAUUCAUGCUUACCGAGCUCGGACAUGGCCUAGAUGCACGCAAUCUCGAAACGACCGCGACUCUUUUACCCAAUGGCGGCUUUGAAUUACACACACCGUCUCCGGCUGCUGCUAAAUGUAUGCCACCGAAUACUGUCCGCAGUGGCCUUCCUGUUAUUGCAGUCGUCAUUGCUCGACUCAUUGUUGAUGGAGAGGAUCGGGGAGUGCGACCGUUCCUCGUUCCCAUGUCAGAUGGUUCUAAGAUGUGUAUUGGUGUUACCUCAAAAGCUUUUCCAGCUCGUCCGGGUGCAAAUCCAAUUGAUCACGCGUUAACCUACUUUAACCGCGUGCAGCUGCCAUCCUCCGCCCUGCUCGGUAAACUCCAAGAGUCACGCAAUGAACGUGAUAACUUCUUGGCUACCAUCCACCGCAUGCCUGCAGGGACUCUUUUUCUGGCUGGUGGGUGUAUUCCACUCAUCAAAAUGGGUGUUUACAACGCCAGUAAAUUCAGUCUCCGGCGACACAUCCUUGGCCACGAUGGGCAGCCUAUGCCUGUGAUGAACUUCCGUACCCAGCAUCUUCCUAUUCUUCACGCUAUUGCAAGAGCCCAUGUUCUUCAGGCUUUCCUGAUUCACGCUGGAAUGGGAUUUUGUGACCAGAACACUGAUCCGCGGGUCCGCCAUGCCUUCGCAACAGCGUUCAAAGCAGUUACAACCCAUCACUUCCAGAGUAGCCUUAAAUCUAUGAAUGAAGGCUGCGGCUGGCACGGAUACUAUGACCGUAAUCAAAUUCUCCAAGCCGAGUUGGAGUUCCGUGCGAUUGCAACGGCCGAAGGUGAUGUGAGAGUCUUGGCUAUCCGGCUUGCCAGUGAACUUCUGAUUGGCCGCUACCAGGUACCACCGCCCAAAGACCCCAACAGUGCUCUAGCACGGCACGAAGCAGGCUUAUUUGCGGAGGCUAGGGAAUCAAUGGAACUCUUUGGCAAUAAACAUCGGAGUGAGGCUUUCAACCGAAGCAUUCUUCCUCUUGCUCUUCCGUUGGUUCGAGCUGUUGGAUAUCGGAUGGCAAUGGAAGCCGCUGUCGAGGUUGGUAUUGACCCUAAGCUGCGAGCCUUGUAUCAAGCUGGAAUUAUCAGCGAAUGCUCCGCUUGGUUUUCUGAGCAGGGAGGCCUCACCCGCCAAGAACAGCGCAAGAUGGAGUCUCAAGCGGCAGAUGCAGUGCUUCCAGAAUUAGAAAGAUUGGUGGAGGAAACAGGGGUAGAGCCUUAUUGCACUGCACCUAUGACUUCAGAGAAUUUGUGGAAUAAUUAUGUCGAGGAGUUGGAGACUUUCUCAGGCGACGCGGUCUGGAGCUUCCAGAAUCGUACAGCGCGGCUUUAG